CUUUAAAUUCAUUUAUAUAUUUAUAUGUAUCUUCAAAUUCAUACAGACAGAUAGCGCUAUAGUAUUAUUUGCUUUUUUAUCUAUUUCUUUAUUGCAUAUUCAAAUAUUUCAUUGCAUUGAUAUUAAUACUGAUUGAGCUUAACCUAGAUUCAGAUGCAAAGUAAACAAAAAACCAGGUGACAGUUAUGGCAAGAUAUUCUAGUGAAUCAGAUUCAGAUCAUAAUAGCAGAUAUCGACGAAGACGUAGUAGAAGAUCUAGAUCAUCUAGUUCAGAUUCUAGCGAUUCAUCUCCUCAUAGAAAAAGAUCAUCCAAACAUUCAAAAACAAAACGUAGACAUCGCUCACAUUCAAGAAGCAGAGGCAGAGACAGAGAUCACAAUCAAAAGAAUUAUAAAAGUUCUAGAAACAGUAAUUCAAAAGGAAGAGAGAGACAUAGAUAUCAUUCUAGGUCUAGAUCUUCAGAUUGUUCAAAAAGAAAAGCUAGAUCUAUUUCAAGAGAAAAGUCUGGAAGUCGUUCAAGUAGUUCACAAUCUAAUGUGAAAACUAUUGUAUCUGAAAAAACUAAAAAUGUUUUAAUAAAAGAUGAUUUCCCGAUUGAACCUCGUUUUAAAGAAGGUGUAUUAGAGGAAAUUAAUUCCGAAGGUUUUACACCCAAACAAUUUUCAUCUAAUACAAAGGAAAAAAAGUUUAAAAACAUUGUUAUAGAUAUUAAUGCAGAUACUAUACAAGUUCCAACAGUGGCUGAAAUUCCUAAUGGAACAGAGAGUAUUUUUCAUUCAUCGAUAAUGAUUGAUCAAGAAGCAAGAUUUGAUAAAUGGGUAAAAAAAUUAUAUACUCUUAGACAAAAAGCUAUAGCUGAUUUAACACAUUCAAAUGUGACUUAAUAGAUGGAUAAUUUAAUUUCGUUAAAAUUGAUUACUAUAAAUAAAUGUUGUUAAAAAAAAUAUAUUUAAUCAUAUAAGUUAAAUUAAAAAAAAAUAAAUAAGAUAAAUAUUUUAUAA